UCCAAUUUAGGUAUGCGGUCACUUUAAGAACCGUUGCACAACCCGGAAGUGAUUCCCUUAACGUUGUAGUAUAUCAAUCAGGUGCAGGGUCCAGUGAAAAAGCAUUUGUUGUCAAACUGCUGAGACCUUCAGUUGCUGCUGAAUUGUGAGCUUUUUAUCAGUUAACGUCAGUCACAGCGAUGGCCCAUUACGAAGAAGUGAAUGUACGCGGGUAUGACGACUUCUGUAAGGCUGUUUCCGAGAGGAAAGGAAAGGAUAUCUUUGCUUACUUCUCUGGUGAUAAAGACGCAGAUGGAAAGAGCUGGUGUCCAGAUUGUGUAAAAGCUGAGCCAGUCGUUAGAGGAGAGAUGAGUCACCUUCCUGAGGGCUCCGUCUUCAUUUACUGUCAAGUUGGAGAAAGAGCUUACUGGAAGGAUUCAAAUAAUGACUUCAAGAAGACACUGAAAUUGACCGGAGUUCCUACUCUGCUGCGAUAUGGCACUCCUCAAAAACUGGUGGAGGAAGAGUGCCUCAAAGCACAGUUGGUCAAGAUGUUGUUUACCGAAGACUGAAGGCUCCUCUGCAGCUCACAGGAAACUGGAGAGCUUUUCUUUCCAGAAGAAUCCACAGCUAUCUUAUCAAUCCGUUAGCAAAAUAUCUUCCAGGGUUUGUUUCAGUCACUGAGCAGCCAGAAAAUGCUGCAAUUUGAGCUUAAUUCUAACACUAAUUAUUAGUUGAUUUACAACAAAUUAACAUUUUAUACUGUGGCCCCCCUUUUUUACCUUGGAUUUGCAUUGUUUUGGAGUACACCAUGUAUGAAAUUAAAUUAAACUUGUAGCUGAACGUGUGUGUGUGAGUGUGUCUUUAUAGCAGUGAUGUGAGGUGGUAUCAAUACAAAUGAAAAAGUGUGUUU